CUCUGAACUCAAAAACACUUGCAAAAAUGAAAAACUCUCUAGCGUGCAAGCUCCUGUUCCUAACUCUGACAAUAGCUUGUAAGAUCCAGACACAAGUGAAAUGCUUGGAGUUCGAUUUCCCUACGUUUGAAGCAAGCAAUGAGUUAGACUUGAUCAGAAACAACGCAUACAUCGUCCUUGGAGCGAUCCAAGUGACUCCUGAUACCCGUGGCGGCUCUCUCACGAACCAUGCAGGCCGCGCUCUCUACAAUAAGCCUUUCAAGCUAUGGAACAAAGACAAGAAAGCUACGUUCAACACAACUUUCGUUAUCAACAUCUCGAACCAAACCGACCCUGGAGGCGAAGGCUUAGCCUUUGUACUCACACCGGAGACGAACCCUCCUCAGAACAGCUCGGGUAUGUGGCUAGGUCUGGUCAACGAAACCACAAACAGGACUCUCGGGUCGAAGAUCGUUGCGGUUGAGUUCGACACAAGGCAGAGCCACCCGGAUGAUCUUGAUGGAAACCAUGUGGCUCUAAACGUGAACAACAUCAACUCUGUUGUUCAAGAAUCCUUGACCGGUCGAGGGAUCAAGAUCGAUUCUGGUGUGGACUUUACCGCGCAUGUGCGGUAUGAUGGUAACAAUCUAUCGGUUUACGUCUCAACAAACAACUCGGUGGUUUAUAAUCAACGGAACUUAGUGUUCUCUAGGGCUAUAGAUCUCUCAGCUUCUCUUCCAGAGGCGGUUUACGUUGGAUUCACGGCAUCAACAAGCAAUUACACGGAGCUGAACUGUGUCCGGUCAUGGAGUUUUGAAGGUCUACAGAUAGAUGGAGAUGGAAACAAGUUAUGGCUUUGGAUUAUUGUCCCUAUUGUGUGUCUUGUUGUAAUAGGAGCUAUCUUAGGGUUACUGUUCUUGCGAUCUAGGUCAAGGGCAGGAGAAACAAGCCCUGAUAUAGAAGCUGAGCUUGAUAACUGCGCGACGAACCCUCAGAAGUUCAAGCUGAGAGAGCUGAAGAGAGCAACAGGGAACUUCAGCCACGAGAACAAACUCGGACAAGGAGGGUUUGGGAUGGUGUUUAAGGGGAAGUGGGAGGGUAGAGACAUAGCUGUGAAGCGAGUCUCCGAGAAAUCUCAUCAAGGGAAGCAAGAGUUCAUAUCCGAGAUCACGACAAUCGGUAGCCUGAAUCACAGGAACCUGGUGAAGCUGUUGGGAUGGUGCUACGAGAGGAAGGAGUAUCUUCUUGUUUACGAGUACAUGCCUAACGGAAGCUUGGAUAAAUACAUUUUCUUGCAAGGCAAGUCAAGAUCAAACCUAACGUGGGAGACAAGGAAGAACAUUAUAAGAGGGCUUUCUCAAGCUUUGGAGUAUCUUCACAACGGAUGCGACAAGAGGAUACUUCACAGAGACAUCAAAGCGAGCAACGUGAUGCUGGACUCAGAUUUCAACGCGAAGCUCGGCGAUUUCGGGCUUGCAAGGAUGAUACAACAAAGCGAGAUGACGCACCAUUCGACAAAGGAGAUCGCUGGAACGCCAGGGUACAUGGCUCCAGAGACUUUCCUCAACGGGAGAGCAACGGUUGAAACAGACGUCUACGCGUUCGGAGUUCUAAUGCUUGAAGUAGUCUCUGGGAAGAAACCGAGUUACGCGUUGGACAAGGAGAACCAGAGCAAUUACAACAACAGCAUUGUGAACUGGCUAUGGGAACUAUACAGAAAUGAAAACAUCAUGGAUGCAGCUGAUCCGAGAAUGGGAAGUUCGUUUAAUGUAGAUGAGAUGAAGAGUGUUCUGCUCUUAGGACUAGCUUGUUGCCACCCGAACCCGAACCAAAGACCGUCCAUGAAAACGGUAUUGAAGGUCUUGACGGGUGAGACCAGCCCACCAGAUGUGCCUACAGAGAGACCAGCUUUCGUGUGGCCAGCCAUGCCACCAUCGUUUAGUGACGUUGACUACUCUCUUACAGGGAGUCAGAUCAAUUCAGUCACUGAGCUAACUGGCCGGUGAUACUAGUUUGUUCAUCAAGAAUUCAUUUUAUUUUCCUACUCA